AUGUUCCAUUCAGCUUCUUCCUCGUCUUCGGAGUCGGUAAAGGUAGAAGUUGAACCGGACAGAGGUAGUGAUGAACUGGACAGCAACUUCACCUCUUUGCUUCAUCGGAGUGCGCGGGACGGUAAUGUGGAAGCGAUGCAAAGCCUCAUUUCCCGUCGUCCCGACCUCGUGAACGCCUCUGAUACUGACGGGAUCAGAGAGAUAGGUUUUCUUGAAUAUUAUACCAAUUCUUUUGAUUCUCACUUCCCCUUCUUUCAGUUCACAGCUCUCCACUAUGCAGCUAAAUAUGGUCAUGUGAAAGCUGUCGAGCUGUUGCUAAACAGAGGAGCAACAGUUGAUGUAGUUGGACACGAAUCAGUUCACGUCUGCGUUGCACGGUCAUCCGUGUCGCAAUUCAUUGACGCUUCCGCUCAUAGCACUUCUCGGCACAUGACAGCCGACGUAACGACAGCUAUCAUAAACCUUCUUGUGGGACGUGGAGCGGAUGUCAAUGCGAGAGACUCCUACGGAAUGACACCGCUUCACCACGGAGCCAUGAAGGGGAACGAACCUGCCGUUAAGGCUCUCAUCAAGCACGGUGCAGAUGUGAACGCUAAAACGAUAAAGGGAACAACUCCAUUGCUGACUGCGUGCGUCCAUGGAUAUGAUGAAAUCAUUCAAACGCUUCUAUCUAACGGAGCUGACACCUCGGGAACUGACAAACGAAUGAACUCCGUGUAUCACAUAGCUGCUCAUCAUGGACGAAGUGACACCCUGAAGUUGCUGCUCCAACACGGAGGACAGACCGGUCAAAGAAUGCUAUGGAUGAGUAAUAAUGAAGGGAAGACUCCGCUGAGGAUGGCCGUCGAUGGCAAUCACCCCGAUACCGUGUCCACGAUACUGCAACUGAAGAACGGAUUAGGUCUGGAUGAAAAAGACAAGUAUCUGCUCCAUGACGCUGCGGCAAAGGGAUAUGUCGGAGUCGUCGAACGGCUUAUCCAGUCAAGUGUUGUCAACGACGUGAGCUUUUGUGACCAAAAGGUCACAACUUUCCAGUCCCGCUAG